GAAUAAUUUCGAGGAAAGGUGGUCGCAAGGAUGUAAAGUUUUUCAAACAAAACACCUCUACAUAUAUGGAAUGGAAACCAAGAUUGCUUUUAUAUCGAUUGCCGCCUCCUCCUCCUCCUCCUCCUCCUCCUCCUCCUCCCCCCUUUCCCGUCUCUUUUUGCUCUCCGAUUCUUCUUCCUCCGCUUCGCCUCUGCAAGUUUCUUGCGGUUUCUCGUUCGAUCCUCCCGCUCCUGCCGCUGUUCGCCGUUCCGUCUUCCGCCAGCUGGAUGGUAUUCUUGUCGUCGAAAUCAUUCACCGAGAUCAGUCGAUGAUGCGCAAAGGAAGAAAAUUCUUUUAUCCUUUUAAUUUUUGGAUGUUUAACUCAUUUAUUCAAUUCAUCGUGGACUUCUUGGGAAUUACAUUAGUGGUGAUUCAAAGAUUUUUGGACCCGAAUCACUUUGCCAUUUAUGUGGAUGAUUCUAUUGUUGUAGGUUUGAAAGAUAAAGGAAAGGCUGUUGGAAUGAGCUUUCAAAGUAGAAAUGAUCUACAGGAAUGGAGUGCAAGAGUUGUUGAGCGAGGAACAGUAAUGGACUUCGACCUAAAUUGCCCACCUCCAGAUGAGUGCAUUGAUCCAACUGGCCCUCAUCAGGAAGCAACACAGUACUACAAUCAUUACCAAGGACAAGCUAUGGACAAUCCCGAGUUUGUCGACGAGGACAUUGCUAUAAUCUCCCCUAGGAAAUUUGCUGAGGCCAGGAAGAACUUUAGACGAAACCACUUUGAGAGUAGCUGUGGUGUUGCCAUUAGACGUAAUGGUGCUUUCUCAGAUUUAACGAGUUUGGCCCCUUUUACAAUUUGGCCGCCCCUUACAAACCGCAAUAACGUAUCUAUACAAGAACAAACGAUUCACAACUUGGACCUUUGCUUAAGCUGCGAAAGCAGUAGUAAAGCCACAAAGGCAACAAUUGACACAGACAUCCCUUCUGCACUUGCACAAACUAGCAGCAGCCUCCCACCUGCAGCAGCCUCGGGUUUGCGGUGCGCGAUCUGCAUAGAAGCAUUGGUUGAAGAAACAACAACCAAAUGCGGGCACGUUUUCUGCAAGAGUUGCAUCGAAACAGCCAUAGCUACCCAGCACAGAUGUCCUAUAUGUCGGCGUAAGCUUCGAAAACGAGAUAUUAUCCGAAUUUACCUACCGUUUUGAACAUGAAAAAUAUGAAUACAAAUAAAAGAAUAUUGCAUCUGUAUUCUUUUUCUGAUGACGAACUAGGCUUGUACUACUUGCACACAGUUGCAUUAACAACAAGUAUAGAUUUCUUCAUUUCUUUGUUCUUCUUCUUCUUCUUCUUCUUCUUCUUCUUCUUAUUCGUCAUCUGUUGUAUUGAAUCGAAACUACAAACAAAAAUUUAAAAAUCUCUUCGGUGAGGUGUUUGUUUGUUUGUUUGUA